GAUGUUUGUAUUAAUGAUAGUCAUUCUCUCUCCUUACAGUGCAAGCUAGACUAUCAAGCCUGUGUCACAGGAAAACAAAUUGCAGUGAAAUGCGAAGGACGUUGCCCUUGCCCUUCUGACAAAUCCACAAAUGCAGGCAGAAAUGGUAGGAGAGUGUGCAGUGACCUGGAAUUCAGGGAGGUUGCAAACAGAUUGAGAGACUGGUUUAAGGCACUUCAUGAAAGUGGAAUUCAGAAUAAGAAGACAAGGAUUGUUCAAAGGCCUGAAAGAACCAGAUUUGACACCAGCAUUUUGCCAAUUUGCAAAGACUCCCUUGGCUGGAUGUUUAACAGGCUUGAUACAAACUAUGACCUGUUGCUGGACCAGUCAGAACUUGGAAGCAUUUACCUUGACAAGAAUGAGCCAUGCACCAGGGCGUUCUUCAAUUCUUGUGACACAUACAAGGACAGUUUGAUAUCUAACAAUGAGUGGUGCUACUGCUUCCAAAGACAGCAAGACCCACCUUGCCAGACAGAACUCAGCAACAUUCAGAAGCAGCAAGGAGGAAAGAAGCUCCUAGGGCAGUACCUCCCCCUGUGUGAUGAAGAUGGCUACUACAGAGCGAGGCAGUGCCGCGGCGGCGCGGGGCAGUGCUGGUGUGUUGAUAGGUACGGUAACGAGGUGGCGGGAUCCAGGACAGACGGUGUGGCAGAGUGUGCUAUCGAUUUAGAGACUUCGGGUGAUUUUGCCUCUGGUGAUUUCCAUGAAUGGACAGAUGAUGAAGAUGAUGAAGAUGAAAUAAUGAACGAUGAAGACGAAAUUGAAGAUGAUGAUGAAGAUGAAGGAGAUGAUGAUGUUGAUGUUGAUGAUGAUGAUGAUCAUGAUGGAUAUAUUUGAUGAUGCUAGGGGGUUCAUGAAUUAUACCUUUCUAAAAUUCACAAGAUAACAUUUCACAAAAUCCCUUUGCUCUCCAGGAUCAAAAGGAUUCUAACAAACAUGUAUAUUUUGUAUGAUUAUUUCAAAUGUUGCAGCUGGAGUCAUAGACUUUUUUGUUUAAAUAAAAAUAAUUAUAUUAUG